GGUGAUUGUCCCUGGAUUGUUCAAUCUAAGUUCUGCUGUUUGUUGGGCCUCAAGUCUAACUAACUCUAACUAACUGCUGUUGUAGCUAGGUAGUGACAUGAGAUCCAGAAAAGGACUGUCUAGCUAACGUUACCCAUCUAUGUAGGUAACUAGCUUCACCGUAAUAACAUUUUGCAGCUUGAGGUGCUCGCUUAUAAGGCUAGCGAACAAACGUUAUCUUUCAGCCAUCAACAUGAAGCUGAAUCCAUUUGUGACAUCCUCGCGGCGUAAGAACCGCAAGAGGCACUUCAAUGCCCCCUCACACAUCCGGAGGAAGAUCAUGUCCUCCCCCCUCUCCAAGGAGCUCCGUCAGAAGUACAAUGCGAGGUCCAUGCCCAUCCGCAAGGACGACGAAGUCCAGGUUGUCCGUGGACACUACAAAGGCCAGCAGAUUGGCAAGGUAGUCCAGGUCUACAGGAAGAAGUACGUCAUCUACAUUGAGCGUGUGCAGAGAGAGAAGGCCAACGGAACCACGGUGCACGUCGGCAUCCACCCCAGCAAGGUUGUGAUCACCAGGCUAAAGCUGGACAAGGAUCGCAAGAAGAUCCUGGAGCGUAAGGCUAAGUCCCGCGCUGACGGAAAGGAGAAGGGCAAAUACAAGGAGGAAACCAUUGAGAAGAUGGCAGAGUGAAAAUCUAUUGCUUACAAUAAACUGCUGUACAAAUCAA